UGAGAGGAGGUCCACGGAACGGUGAUUCGCUCUCAACCCAGGCGACGUUCAAUUCCGCCGUGAAGCCAGCGACGGUUGUGAAAACGGCGACGUUUAAUUCCGCCGGUGCAGCGACGUGCAAUUCCCGCCGUUGAAGAAAAGAAGGCCUCCGACUCCGAUCUCUCUGAAAAGAAAUAGAAAGCGAAGGGCUUGGAAGAGAUGAUAACGCGAUCGAAUCUGGCAGAUCAGUUGCGAGAGUAUCAGAUUCGAUCGAAGCAUGACUGGGCCUCCGUCUCUUUCUUCUCAUCCACCUCUAACCACACUUUGUCAAGGGUAGAUGUUGUGCUCUUUGUAAUAUGGGAAUUGGUAAUUCUAGCUUUCCUGGUGUUUUCAGCAGUUUCAUUGUACUUCAGGCAUAUGCGACUUGCUUUCAUCCUACUAUGUAUCGCAAUGCUUUUGCUUUUGUGUAUAAAAGUUACUAGGCAAGUGAAGUUGGCUAGGAAAAAGAAACGAAGGAUGCUUCUUCCAUUAUCUAUGUAAUACCAGAUGGAGACACGCAGUACGUGAAGUUAGCCAUGGAAGUUCUUGGCCAUUGCAAUUGAUCUGUAUCCCGACUAUCCCUUCUUUUGUUUUUAGUGUGUAAUCACACCUUCAAAAGUAGAAAGUACUUGAUGUGAUUACUCUUGAAGAUGCUGAUCAAAGUGGCAUGCUCAUCUUUCAAGAUAGAAAGAAUACGCAAGGGAGGAAGAAUGAUUAGUUGAAGGUACGGUUGCUUUUCUGCUACUAGUGAGGGUUUACGUUUUUUGGCCUACAAACUACUGAGAGAUUGAUGUUUAUCUUACUUAUCAACAAUACAAUGACAUAAGAAACAAACUGUUAUUACAUUUCA